AUUUGCAAUUUUCUACACUUGCGGAGGAGCGAGCGAGAGAGAGAGAGAGAGAAAAAAGAUUUCUACUGUGCAACACGAAAAGUACAAAUCUUUCGGAGAAGCGAAUAACAUCUGGCGAGAAUAAAAAAGAUUUAUUGUGUUUACGUAUUUGUGUUGCAGAAGAUUUAGAACAUGAAUCACGGAGAAAACAAGAGCAUGAUGAAUUAUAAUAACCUAGGCCCUCCGCCGGGGAAAUUUAAGAUGGGCUGGAAGAACAAUGGAGGAAAUUUUUUAGCUCCCAGGCCACCACGCGAGGACAAUAUUAAUAUGGCUGGGGGCCACAUGAAUCUAAUCCCUUCGUCUUCCUCUGCUGCUGCGCAGGGUUUCAAGGGGAGAGGGACUUAUUUGGCGCCCAGGGCGAAAUGGAAGGUGAGGAACAAGGCGGAGAAACGGAAGCGCAAGGUAGUUGAUGCCCCUGCUGUUGGAGCAAUCGGGACGUCGCAGGGUCGAGCCUACGAGCCGCCAAGGUUGCAUGAGCUGCAGGCGCAGAAUCGUCUCAAGGCCAGGAAAUAUUACCCUAAGAAGAAAUUUAACAGAUUUGCCCCUUUUGCGCCUCGCAACACCACUUCUUUUAUAAUACAGGCGAAGCGCAACGGAGGUAUUGCGGAGCUGGUUUCGCCGUGCCCCGUUACGCCUGCUAUAUUGCCUACACCGAUUAUUUCUCCGGCUCGUGAGGGUUUGGCUGAUAUGGCGAAACAGGAGUGGGGGCUUUACGGAUACGGUUCUAUGAAGGGUUUCAUACGGCUGAAGGAUGGGGAUAAUGAUAAUGGCUUUGAAGGGGAAACGAGGGACUAUGACGAGUCGUCUAGCGGCAGUGACGUGGAGGAACACGUGGAGAUGGAGCGGCGCUUGGACCACGAUUUGAGCCGAUUUGUGAUGACAUACCCUUCCACGUCGUCGCCUCCUGCCAGCGGGGGUUUUGAUGGGCCUAGGGGUUUGGAGAACAGGGUUGAUGAUCAGGAUAAUCACAUUGCGAGGCUGGAGGAGGAAAAUCUGACGCUCAAGGAACGUUUGUUUUUGAUGGAGCAGGAAAUGGAGGAUUUGCGCCGUCGUAUGAUGAAUUUGGAAAGUGGAAAUCCCAAUGUUAAUAAUUGCGCGGUAAUUGACAACAAUAAUAGUAAUGUAAUUGAUAAUGUUGCUACGGAUGAUGAUGCUGCAGAGGUUUGCUCUGAGAAGAGCGUCGGUGAUGGUGAAGGAGAAAAAGAUCUCGACGGGAAGGCGGGUGACGCAGGCGGAGCUUUGGAAGCCGAGGGGAGCCGCGAAGUUGCUGGAAAUGCUUCUUGUGAUUAAGAUUUGAAACAGGGGUUUUAGAUCAUGUCAUUCUUGUAAAGAAAAUUUCGAUCUACUUACUUUUCCUGUUUCAUUAAUUUGUUUUUUUUCGAUGGAAAUCUUGUAAAUGAUUCGCACAACUGACUGCACCCCGGUGUUUGGCGCGAGGAAAGAAGCGCUAGUUCUGGGGAUUUUAGGUGUUAAUUUUAUUUUUUGCUUUUCAAAAUUUAAAAGACAAUUUCGGAUCCGCAUUAUACGAUCUGUUCUUUAAAUUUCA